GGCGGCGGGGCACGCCGUGAUGGGCUGCCGGGUAGGGAGAACGGGACGGCGGCGGUGGCUGUGCCCGCGGCAGGCAGCCCCCGGCCGGCGGCUUCGGCAGCCCGGGCCGCUCAUGCUUUGCUCCGCCUCGCCCCUCCGGGCACCCGCGCCGCUUCGCCGAUGCCGUUCUCGGGAGAAGAGCGGAGCUUGCAAGGCAUCUACAAGCCGGCGGGACCGGCGGAGGGCCGGGCGGGCGGCGGGGCGGCCGUCUGCACCGAGUGCUACACCAACCGCUCCUUCGUCUACGACGAUGGCAGCGCCCACAGGCUCUCGUCGCCCGGCGGCUGCGGCGGCGGGGACGGCGGCGGGAGCCGCAAGAGCGGGGUCAUUCUGGACAUCGCCGCCUUGAAGAUGACGGAGCUGGAGUCCGAAGUGCUGCCUUUGCCGCCCCGGUACCGCUUCCGCGAUCUACUGCUGGGGGACCAGUCCUUCCAGAGCGACGACAGGGUGCAGGUCGAGUUCUACGUGAAUGAAAACACCUUCAAGGAGCGGCUGAAGCUCUUCUUCAUCAAAAACCAGCGAUCGAGUCUGAGGAUCCGGCUCUUCAACUUCUCACUGAAGCUGCUCACCUGCCUCCUGUACAUUGUCCGGGUCCUGCUUGACAACCCAGAGGAGGGCAUAGGCUGCUGGGAAUGCGAAAAGCAGAACUACAGCACAUUCAACCAGUCCACAAAGAUAAACUGGUCACACAUCUUCUGGGUGGACAGGAAGAUGCCACUGUGGGCUGUGCAGGUCAGCAUUGCUUUAAUCAGCUUUCUGGAGACCAUGCUGCUCAUCUAUCUCAGCUACAAGGGAAACAUCUGGGAACAGAUUUUCCGCAUCUCAUUCAUCCUGGAGAUGAUCAACACGGUGCCGUUUAUCAUCACAAUAUUCUGGCCUCCUUUGCGGAAUUUGUUCAUUCCUGUGUUUCUGAACUGCUGGCUUGCCAAGUAUGCCCUGGAGAACAUGAUUAAUGACCUACACAGGGCCAUACAAAGGACCCAGUCUGCAAUGUUUAACCAGGUGCUCAUUCUGAUCUGUACCCUCCUGUGUCUCGUUUUCACAGGGACCUGUGGCAUCCAGCACUUAGAAAGAGCAGGUGAGAAACUCUCCCUCUUCAAGUCCUUCUAUUUCUGCAUUGUCACCUUUUCCACCGUGGGCUAUGGAGAUGUGACACCCAAGAUCUGGCCUUCCCAGCUCCUCGUCGUGAUAAUGAUUUGCGUCGCCCUGGUCGUGCUGCCGCUCCAGUUCGAGGAGCUCGUCUACCUCUGGAUGGAGCGGCAGAAGUCGGGAGGCAAUUACAGCCGUCACCGUGCCCAGACAGAGAAGCACGUCGUCCUCUGUGUCAGCUCCCUCAAGAUUGAUCUCCUCAUGGAUUUCCUCAAUGAGUUUUAUGCCCACCCACGCCUGCAGGAUUACUACGUGGUGAUACUUUGCCCAACGGAGAUGGAUAUCCAGGUACGGAGGGUCCUACAGAUCCCUCUGUGGUCACAGCGAGUGAUCUACCUCCAGGGCUCUGCACUGAAGGACCAGGACCUCAUGAGAGCCAAGAUGGACAAUGGGGAAGCUUGCUUCAUUCUCAGCAGCCGAAACGAGGUGGACCGCACUGCAGCGGACCACCAGACCAUACUGAGAGCCUGGGCUGUGAAGGAUUUUGCUCCAAACUGUCCUCUCUAUGUUCAGAUCCUGAAGCCUGAAAACAAGUUUCAUGUGAAGUUUGCAGAUCAUGUUGUCUGUGAAGAGGAGUGCAAGUAUGCCAUGCUGGCACUGAACUGCGUCUGUCCUGCCACCUCCACCCUCAUCACGCUGCUGGUCCACACCUCCCGCGGCCAGGAGGGCCAGGAGUCCCCGGAGCAGUGGCAGCGGAUGUACGGACGCUGCUCGGGCAAUGAGGUCUACCACAUCCGGAUGGGCGACAGCAAGUUCUUCAUGGAGUACGAGGGGAAGAGCUUCACCUACGCUGCCUUCCAUGCACACAAGAAGUAUGGCGUCUGCUUGAUCGGCAUCCGGCGGGAGGAGAAUAAGAGCAUCCUGCUGAACCCCGGCCCAAGGCACAUCAUGGCAGCAUCUGACACCUGCUUCUACAUCAACAUCACCAAGGAGGAGAACUCUGCCUUCAUUUUCAAGCAGGAGGAGAAGCAGAAGAAGAAGGGCUUUGCAGGGAGAGGCACCUAUGACGGCCCAUCCCGCCUGCCUGUGCACAGCAUCAUUGCCAGCAUGGGUACAGUAGCCAUGGACCUGCAGAACACAGAGUGCCGCCCUGCUAACAGCAGCAAGCUGGCACUGCCAGCGGAGAACGGCUCUGGCAACCGGCGGCCCAGCAUCGCCCCCGUCCUGGAGCUGGCAGACACCUCCUCCCUGCUGCCCUGCGACCUGCUCAGCGACCAGUCUGAGGAUGAGAUGACACAGUCAGACGAGGAGGGGUCGGCGGUGGUGGAGUACGUGAAAGGCUACCCACCAAACUCCCCCUACAUUGGGAGCUCCCCAACUCUGUGCCACCUCUUACCCGAGAAAGCCCCAUUCUGCUGCCUGAGGCUGGACAAGGGCUGCAAGCACAACAGCUUUGAAGAUGCCAAAGCCUAUGGGUUUAAGAACAAGCUGAUCAUCGUUUCGGCAGAGACGGCUGGCAAUGGGCUCUAUAACUUCAUUGUGCCCCUUCGUGCCUACUAUCGGUCCCGCAAAGAGCUCAACCCCAUCGUCUUGCUGCUGGACAACAAGCCUGAGCACCACUUUCUGGAAGCCAUCUGUUGUUUCCCCAUGGUUUACUACAUGGAGGGCACAAUUGACAACCUGGACAGCUUGCUGCAGUGUGGCAUCAUCUACGCUGACAACCUGGUGGUUGUGGACAAGGAGAGCACCAUGAGCGCCGAGGAGGACUACAUGGCAGAUGCAAAGACAAUUGUCAACGUCCAGACCAUGUUCAGGCUCUUCCCCAGCCUCAGCAUUAUCACAGAGCUGACCCACCCCUCCAACAUGAGGUUCAUGCAGUUCAGAGCAAAAGACAGUUACUCUCUUGCCCUUUCCAAGCUAGAAAAGAAAGAGCGGGAGAAUGGCUCCAACCUGGCCUUCAUGUUCCGGCUGCCCUUUGCAGCAGGGAGGGUCUUCAGCAUCAGCAUGCUGGACACGCUGCUCUACCAGUCGUUCGUGAAGGACUACAUGAUCACCAUCACCCGCUUGCUGCUGGGCCUUGACACCACGCCGGGCUCUGGCUACCUCUGUGCGAUGAAGAUCACGGAGGAUGACCUGUGGAUCCGCACGUACGGCCGCCUCUUCCAGAAGCUCUGCUCGUCCAGCGCAGAGAUUCCCAUCGGGAUUUACAGGACAGAGUCACACAUGUUUGCAACGUCUGAGCCCCACGAUAUCCGAGCUCAGUCACAGAUCUCAAUCAAUGUGGAGGACUGCGAGGAUACAAAAGAUGUCAAGGAGCACUGGGGCAUCAAGGGUGGCCACCACAGGAACUCCUGCUCCAGUGACCAGUCCGAGCACCCCCUGCUGCGGCGCAAGAGCAUGCAGUGGGCACGGCGGCUGAGCAGGAAGGGCAACAAGCACUCCAGCAAGACGGCCGAGUGGAUCAGCCAGCAGCGCCUCAGCCUCUACCGGCGCUCCGAGAGGCAGGAGCUGUCCGAGCUGGUCAAAAACCGCAUGAAGCACUUGGGCUUGCCCACAACGGGGUACGAGGAUGUAGCAAAUUUAACAGCCAGUGAUGUGAUGAAUCGGGUAAACCUGGGAUAUUUGCAAGAUGAGAUGAAUGACCACCAGAACACCUUGUCCUACGUCCUGAUCAAUCCACCCCCGGACACACGGCUGGAGCUCAACGACAUCGUGUACCUGAUCCGCUCUGACCCACUGGCCCACGUGGCAAACGACGGCCACAGCCGCAAGAGCAGCUGCAGCAACAAGCUGGGCUCCUGCAACCCCGAGACACGUGAUGAGACCCAGCUAUGAGCAGCACCCCUGUGCCCCUGCCAGGGGCUGGCAGGCUCUGGGGAGAGGUGGUGAGGAAGAGGACAGUCUGCCAGAGAGGAAGGCUGCUGCCACCCGCAGGUGCCCGCUGCUGCGGCGGAAGGCGAUGCCCAGCCUGGCUUUGUGCUGCGGAAGGGAUGCUCGGAACCCCAGGGAAGGAGGGGACAGCUGGACAGCUGGACAGACCAACAGCCCACAGGUCCUGGGGCUUUUAACUUUUUAUACCAAUACCGCAACUAGUGAGAAAGUCUUCGCUGGUGCUGGUGGGACGUGGCUGAGCCCAGGUGACAAAUGACCCUGUGUGAGCAGGGGCACUCAUUUCGUACUGCCCCCAGAUGACGCAAGGGUGUUUGCAUUUGAUGGGGCUGGUCGAUACAAGAGCAAAACUGCACCCAAACCCUCCUCCUCCUCAGACAGGUAUCCCUUGGGGUACCCAAACUUCUGCCCCUUCACUCAGCUCCUGCUCUUCAUCCGCUGCUGGUUCUCCAUUGUGGGUGUAGCUGUGAGAUGAAUGGGAUGGAAGGGGAUGGGGUGAUAAGCCCCUCCAGUGCCAUGGCAUGGGCUGCACUGCCUCCAGAGCACCUUGGUAUCUCACAAACCAAAACAGCCCAAGCCCAGGUGACCAGAAGCUGUCCCAACCCUGUGACAGUUGUUCUUGGCACACAUGCCUGGCUCAGGCCUGAGCCCUGGCUGUGGGCACAGUGUCCCCAGGCUUGUGUCACCUGCCAAGCUCAUGCCCCAUUGCUGCUGCUGUUGGAGCUGCCUAGGGCUGCCCCAGGGGCUGAGGGACUCAGAGGUCUCUGUACUGGGGGGGGAGAGGGGGACAGGUUGGCAUCACUGGGUGGUGUGGUUUGGUGUCUCAGCUCAGCCCUUUUCCCUCCAUCCAAGGGCAGUUUGGGACUAGACAAUCCCCAGCUGCACAGCCUGGAGAGGACUUCCUCCCUUCCCCUCACCUGGCUCAUGGACCAGUGACAUCGUUAAAGGCAGCAGGUUCUGCCCAGCCCUCCAUGCCCACUGUGGGCACCCUGGCAGCUUCAUCCAACCUUGCUCAACAUUAUAACUCAGCAAACCUCUGUGUCCAAAUGGCUUUGCCUGGAGCAGAGGUGCCUGGAUGCAGCAGUGGUGGCCAAGCUGCCUGUGCUGGCCCACCACACUUGGGCUGCGGCCACUGACCCGGAGAGAGCUGCUGAGAGCAGACACAGCAGAUGAUGUAUUCUCCAC